AUGGCUUCUGAAGCUUCCCCUGACGUGCCCAAGGGCCGGAAGAGAUUCAUUCCUCUUGAGAACAACCCGGAGGUCAUGACGGCCCUCGUUCACAAGCUCGGUCUGUCGGACAAGCUUGCCUUCCACGACGUCUUCAGUAUCGACGACCCCGAACUCCUUGCCUUUGUACCGCGGCCUGCCCAUGCCCUCCUCCUUGUGUUUCCCGUGAGCCAGACAUACGAAAAGUUCCGCAUCCAAGAAGACAAAGACAGGCCAGAAUAUCAGGGCUAUGGCCCGGACGAAGAGGUUAUUUGGUACAAGCAAACUAUCGGCAACGCCUGUGGCCUGAUUGGCCUGCUCCAUGCAGUCUCGAAUGGCUCGGCACGUACACACAUUCAAGCCGAUUCCAACCUAGCCAAGCUUGUCCAGAAUGCGAUACCACUGAAACCCGCCCAACGAGCUGACCUCCUCUAUGACUCCGAGGCUCUCGAGAGUGCGCAUCAAAGUGCGGCAUCGGGCGGAGAUACCGCUGCACCCCAGGCUGAUUCCGAUGUGGACCUGCACUAUGUCUGCUUCAUCAAGUCGGACAAAAACCGUUUGUGGGAGCUCGACGGCCGUCGUAAAGGUCCCCUCGACCGUGGUGCACUAGCUCCCGAAGAGGACCUUCUUAGCGACAAGGCCCUGGACUUGGGUGUGCGUAGCUUCCUCAAGCGCGAGGCCGAAGCCGGUGGAGGCGAGCUGCGCUUCAGUCUGAUCACGCUCGCCGAAUCAUUCUAG